AUGGGUCGGAAUGCGAAGCCGACGCGAUCCGCUAAGCUUUUAAAUGGGAAGACCGCGUUGGAAGAAGGGAUCGCAGAAAUGAGCGAAACCGGUGGGAGUCAAAGACGAGCACUGCAACACCCAUCAAACCCAGCAGCUCUGGCUUUGUGGAAUUUCUCUUCGCAGUGGUUCCUAGUUCCGCAAGGCACAGGAAUAAUUGCGGUGACACUUCACCAAUUGGAUUAUCAAUUCCACGGGUUGAAAACCAUAUCACAAAUAGUCUGGGUAUACACGAUUGUGCUGCUGUCGUCCUUUGUCUUUCUCUACCUGCUCAGGAUUCUUUUGUACCCGAGACAUGUGGCCAAUCGGCUGCGAACGAGCAUUAUCGAGACAUCAUGCCUGGCUAGCAUUUCUAUCAGCUUCGAGACAAUAAUUCAAAUGAUCGCACUGUCGAUAGUGCAUGACUGGGGACCGGCCUGGGGCAUUGUCGCUUAUGUUCUGUGGUGGACCGAUACAGCCAUGGCGGUUGUCUCAUGUAUAGGAAUUCCCUAUGUAUUUGUGAAAUUACAACCCCCAGGAAUCCAUGCAGUUACCCCGUCCAUUCUGCUACCUCUUAUUGCAGCUCUCACUUCAGCCGCUGGAGGAGGUAUCAUAUGCAGGUAUGGUGCCAUCAGCGACCGGCUCCAAGUCCCAGUUAUUGUCGUGGCAUACCUGGAAAUGGGAGUUGGGAUUCCACUAGCGAUGAGUUUUGAUACCAUAUUUUUAUCAAGACUCUUCAACAAGUCGUUUCCAGAUAUCGAAAAGAUCUAUCAGGACAUGAUAUUAUGCGGUCCUUUUGGACAAGCAAGUUUCGCGCUGGAGAUACUCGGCCACGCUGUGUCGAGAAAUAGCUUCGCGAGGUACAAUAAAGGAGAAUUCUUGACUGCGAACUCGGCCACUCCAAUAGCGUUUGCAAGUCAGUUUGCUGGCUUGCUUUCAUGGGGAUACGGGACGUUCUGGUGGUGCUUUGCUAUCAUCAGUAUCGUGCAUACUGUAAUCGCUCAGCCUGGCGGCUGGAGAAAAACCAAGUUCAGCAUGUCCGCGUGGGCCUUGAUUUUCCCAUGGGGAGUUUACACCAACGCUGCAGUCCACUUGGGGCUACUUCUCGAUUCACCAGCCUUCAAAGUCUGGUCGACGGCCCUGCUGAUCAUGCUUGUUGUGAUGUGGAUAAUAGAGCAUAUCUUGACUAUAAAGGGUCUUAUCACUGGAAAGGUGCUGGGUCUUGAUCGGGGCUGGAAAACGACUUAUGACGACGACGAUGAUACCCAUAAUAAAUAGACAUAUCCAGUAUGUACUUCUUUUCCACACAAUAUCAAAACAUGUGACUAGUAGAAGGUUCG